UUAAAUAAAAUGAGUAAACAAUUAAAAAAGAAAGAGGAAAAACGAAGAGCUCAAAAAGUUCAAUUAAAAUGGAUAAAUAAUUAGAAGACAGAGAGGAAAACACAGAGCUCAAAAAAUUAUAUUAAAAUGGGUAAAUAAAUAGAAAAAAGGGGAGAAACGAAGAAUCUAAAAAAAAUUCCAAUGAUGUAAAUAUACAAAAAAGAGAAAAAAGAGAGGAAGGUAAAAUUCGCUUGCUCGAGUUACACUUCUGCACUCUGUCGCCUCUUUCCUUUUCUUUUUAAAGUAUCCACACCGUCGUUUGUGCUAUUUCAAGUGCAGAAAGUGCGGAAUGAAAUGCCCGGUCGAAGAUGAGUUUAGGUUAGAUUUUUCAUUCUGGCGGGAAGGCCGGGAAGCGGUGUAUGUAUACGGAGUUCUGUGUUCUGUUGCGUUUUUCGAUCAAAUCCUCGAGAUGCCCGACGUCACGAUUAACGAUAUUGUCGUCAGCUUUCCCUUUAAACCGUAUCCCGUGCAGGAGGAGUAUAUGAGAAAAGUGAUAGAAUGCCUGCAAAAUAGCCAGCACGGUGUCUUGGAGUCGCCGACAGGUACCGGAAAGACUCUGAGCCUUUUGUGUUCUUCCUUAAGCUGGCUGUUGACAAAGAAAGCUCAGUUACAGGCGCAAGUGAUAGCAGGUGCAAUAGAAAAGAAAGAUUUUGGCGGAAAUUUUUUUAAACACUUAACCAGUGGACUUGAGAAAGCGGCAGGAGUACCGGACAAUGUUCAAAGUUUUGGCUGGGCUAUGCCCAAAAUCAUUUAUGCGUCUCGGACGCAUUCUCAAUUGUCUCAGGCUAUGCAUGAAUUGAAGAAGACAUCGUACAAACAUGUGGCCACCGCUGUGCUGGGGUCCCGAGAUCAGCUGUGCAUUCAUCCAGAAGUUUCGAAAGAGACCAGUACUUUUAACAAGAUACACAUGUGCCAUUCUAAAGUAAAAUCAAGAACUUGUUUUUAUUUCAAUAAUGUGGAGACCAGAAAAGAUGAUCCUGUCUUUAAACAGGAGGUGCUAGACAUAGAGGAUUUAGUUAAAGUCGGGCAGAAGCACAAAUGUUGCCCAUACUUUUUGGCAAAGGAAUUAAAGCAGAGUGCAGAUAUCAUUUUUAUGCCUUACAAUUAUCUACUGGAUCCUAAGACGCGAAGGUCACAGGGUAUAGAUUUACAAAAUACUGUAGUUUUAUUGGACGAGGCUCACAAUGUUGAAAAAGUUUGUGAAGAAGCAGCAUCGUUACAGAUAAGCAGUACAGAUGUUGCAAUGUGUAUUGACGAAGUAACUGCGGUAAUGCAAGAUGUGGCUAAGGACUCGGAUCAGCAGAACGAUUUUCUAUCGGAGAAUAAUGUUCAGAAAGAUUUUACAGCAGAAGAUCUAUGCAUCUUGAAAGCAAUGUUUUUGGAAUUGGAAAAAACAAUCGACUCUAUUGAAUUAAAAAACCGUAGUGAGGGAGAUACUUUUCCCGGUGGAUUUAUUUUUGAAUUACUUGAGAAAGUUGAUUUAACACAUGGUAAGGAACAAAUUGUGGUAGAGAAGUUAGACAAGAUUAUUUUAUAUCUGACAACUACCAGCACUUCGCCAUUUGCAAGGAAAGGGAAUGCACUGCAAAAGUUCAGCGAUUUACUGAGGACUGCUUUCAAUAGCGGUGCUUCUAUUGCACGUCACAAGGAAAAAGUGAAACGUUGCUACAAAGUCCACAUACAAAUGGAAGAGCAAAAGAAGAAUUAUAAAACUGAUGUCUGGGAGAGCAAAAAGACAACUAAAACAGACGGAAAACUCAUUAGUUACUGGUGUUUCAGUCCUGGUUUUGGUAUGGAACAAAUGGUGGAGCAAGGAAUACGUUCGGUAGUGCUCACAAGCGGCACGUUGUCUCCGUUAAAACCGUUCAUAUCGGAACUCGGUAUACCAAUCUCAGUCCAAUUGGAAAAUCCGCAUAUAGUAACGAAGGAACAAGUAUGUGUUGGCGUUCUUAGUCAGGGACCGGAUAAUCAUCCACUUAAUUCGUCUUACAACACAAGAAAUGAUCCAAAGUAUAUUGCGUCUCUCGGAAGAGCAGUGUAUAACUUUAGCUGCAUUGUUCCCCACGGGUUGUUAAUAUUCUUUCCUUCGUAUCCAAUCAUGAGGAAGUGCAGGGACGAGUGGCAGAAUAUGGGUUUGUGGACGCAGAUUGCUGAACGUAAGCCCAUUUAUGUAGAGCCCAACUCUAAAGAGGGAUUUGUUAAUGUGAUGAAUGAGUAUUACCAAAAAAUUAGAGACCCGUCUUGCAAGGGGGCUGUUUUUAUGGCGGUAUGCAGAGGAAAAGUCAGCGAAGGUCUGGAUUUUGCUAAUGCAAACGGUAGGGCUGUAUUAAUCAUUGGUCUACCAUUUCCGCCCUUAAAGGAUCCGCGAAUUAUGCUGAAGCAAAGAUAUUUGGAGGAAAUAAGGGCUACACAAAAAGAGAGCCUAACUGGACAAGAAUGGUAUCAACUUGAAGCAUCCCGAGCUGUCAAUCAAGCUAUUGGCAGGAUAAUAAGACACAAAAGUGAUUAUGGCGCUGUGGUGCUAUGCGAUUGUAGGUUUGAAAAUCCAAACUUCAAGAAACAAUUGUCCGCUUGGCUUAGACCGUAUGUAAAGAAGUUUACGAAUUUUGGGAUGAUCACAAGGGAGUUACGAGAAUUUUUUAGAAACGCGGAGAGUACACUGCCGCAACCUAGUAUCACUCGUGCGCAAUAUGGGAAUAUUGAUGAUAUAUCACUACCUGCUGUGGGUGCUACCUUUGAAACAACAGUAUCUCAUUCUCUCAGACAAAAGAUGCAGAAUAAUUCUGCGACAGAAGAGUCGACCAAGAAUAGUUUUAGCAUAGAUAUGUACCUAGAUGAAAAUGCAAAGGACAAACAAUUAGCGAAACCGCAAUCUGUGGUCAAUUUUGCUUGUAAAUUAAAAGAUAAUCAGAGUACGUGCGAAUUAGCAAAACAUCGAUUCGAAGAACCAGUUGCAAAAAGAAGAAAAAUUAAUAUCAUAUCACCUGGAAUUGAUUCUUAUUUUUCCGCUCCUUCAACUUCUUCAUUAACAGUUCCUGAAAGUAAUUUCACACAAAAUUUUAUACAAAAUGACACGAGUAAAGAUGAUAAAAAGGCACUGGGAAAACAAUAUUUAAAGGACGUAAAACGGGCAUUAUCAGCGAAUGAUUAUAAAAUAUUUGCAAUUAUGAUACAAAGUUAUACGCAAAGUGGCGAUUUUGACGAUUUAUUAAAGACAUUGUCAAGUUUAUUUCCACCGACUGAGCAGCUACAGCACUUGUUUAUAGGAUUUCAAAGUUUUCUAAAGAAACAACACAUUGCAACCUUUGAGGAUUAUAUAAAGAAUUUAAAGUUGCCUUAACGCUACAUCAACUUGAAGUACUAAAAGGAUAAUGGAUGCUACAAAUGCAUAUAUGUAUAGUUUUAUUUUAUUUAAUUUAAUUUUGUUAAUUUUUUAAUACAGACUAAUAAAAGACUAUCUGCUUAAUAAUAAAAUCUGCUUAAUAAGUGUUUUUAUUCAAGUUUAUAAGAUCGAUUAGACUUAUUCAUGCUGAAUGUAAAAUGGUACAGGCAUCAUUAGUGAGAUCGAGAAAAAA